AUUAUUAACGAUUGGGAUAAAAACGCGUGUUACUUAAAACACUCUCCUCCUCGUUUCCAUCUCCUUCACUUUCUCUAACGCCUCCUAUAACUACUCUCACUUUUGUGGAUCUUAGGGGUGUGCACUGUGCUUCAUCAUCUCCUCCUCCUAUCGUCUACAUUUGUUUCUUGGCGUACACGUUUCUACAGGUUACCAGAAACCUAACAAUGAGCCAACCUCCCGUCGGUGUUCCUCCUCCUCAAGGUUAUCCGCCGGAGGGAUAUUCAAAAGAUGCUUAUCCACCGCAAGGAUAUCCUCAUCCUCCUCAGCAGGGAUAUCCGCCACAAGGCUACCCUCCGCAGCAGGGAUAUCCGCCGCAAGGCUACCCUCCACAAGGCUAUCCACCGCAGCAAGGUUAUCCACCACAGCAGGGAUAUCCUCCGCAAGGGUAUCCUCCUCCGUAUGCGCCUCAAUAUCCUCCGCCACCGACGCAGCAGCAUCAGCCACAAAAGUCCGGUCCUGGGUGUCUAGAAGGAUGUCUUGCUGCUCUGUGCUGUUGCUGUCUCUUGGAUGCUUGCUUCUGACUGGAGUAUGUGCUCUCAGAGCUUUUGAUUUAUUUGCAAGAAAACUGUUUAGCAACACAAGAACCUUAAGUAACUUAUGGGAUAUAAAAAUGAUGGAUUGCUGAUACUAUAAUCUCUUGUCUAUUCGCUAUCUUUCGUUAUGUUUUUGUCUUCUUGAGUUCAUAAAUUAUGUUUCUAUCCACGUUCUAGCUCAGGUUUGGAUUUAAGACUAAUGGGAAUGUAAAUUGCUUGGUAUGAAUGAAUACACUAUUCCUUUGCCUCA